CGCGCGCGGUACCGGGGACUCGACGCGUGCCGUUCUGCGUUUUGUCGCUGGGCAUGCGGUCCGAGUCGGACACGGCGACGUCAUGUUCCCGCAGGUGAGGCGCGCGCUACGGGAAAGAAGUGCGUCUUUCCGGGGAUCCGUCCUGCGGAGGAGCGCGUGUGUAAGGGCAGUGUUUUGCAGUUGCAGUUUGCCCCUGCGGUACAUAUGGCAUGUUUUAAUGCUUAUGACCAUCCUGUAUGUGGCGCUGCAGUUACUGAGUACAGUUCUUCAGUCCUGGAACACCAAGACCAGAGCAUCUGAUGACCAGUUCACCAGUCCGCUUCUCACGGAACAGCAAGAUGCUCAGUAUAUCAUAUUGAACUUAAAUUCCAACCCAGAGACCUUCUACCGUUUCCAGUGGGGUGAUGGAAAAGACGAGGGAUCAAAUCAGGUUUCUGAAUCUGCAAGCAGAAAUCAGGACACAACUCCAGCUCAAAGUCUCGCUAGCACAUCUAGGAGGAUCUCAAAACCAAAUUGGCUAGCAAGCAAAGUGGAUACACCACAUGGAUUUCGCGAGCAUCAAUCAUCAGGUCAAAAUAACACCAAACAAACAUCUAGCUUUUCAACUAGGAACAUAAAUGGUAGAUGUCAACCCAAGAACCAUGUUGUCUUCCUGAAAACGCACAAGACUGCCAGCAGCACCAUACUCAACAUCCUGUAUCGCUAUGGUGACACGCACAACUUGACUUUUGCACUGCCGUUGUACAUGCACAGCCAGCUCUACUAUCCGCAUUUCUUCAUGUCGCACUUCGUCGAGGGCAUGAAGUCUCGCCGAGUGACUGAGUUCCACAUCAUGUGCAACCACAUGCGCUUCCGGAAGACUGAGGUGAGAAAGGUCAUGCCCUUGGACACAUUUUAUUUCUCCAUCCUGCGCAAUCCAGUGUCCAUGAUGGAGUCCAUCUUCACGUACUACAAAUCAAUCCCAGCAUUCUGCAAUUUCAAGACCCUCAAGGAUUUCCUGCUCGAUAAUGGCCGUUCUUACAAUGCUACUUUGCAUAAUAAUCAUUACGCUUGGAACAUCCUGGCCUUCGACUUUGGCUUCAACAACUCGGGACUGUCGGACGAAGCAGAGCUGGAUGAACGAGCUAGGGCUAUCAUUUCAGCUGUGGAGAGAGAAUUUGAUCUCAUCCUGAUCUCUGAGUACUUUGAUGAGUCUAUGGUGUUGCUCAGACACACCCUCUGCUGGACACUAGAGGAUGUCGUGUCGUUCCGUUUGAACAGCCGAAGUGAGAAAUCGCGCAAAUCCCUGAGUGCGGAAAUGGCUGAGCGGGUGAAGAAGUGGAGCUCAUUGGAUUGGCGACUGUACCAGCACUUUAACACGAGCUUCUGGAGGCAGGUAGAUUCAUUGCUAGGGCGUACUAAGCUCCAAGAAGAAGUGGAGCUUCUCCGAGCUAGAAGGGCAGUCCUGGAGAAAACCUGCCUUUUAGGGGGCAAGGCUGUGGAUCCAGGUCAAAUACGUGAUUUGUCAUUGAAGCCAUUCCAGUAUGGUCAAGCAGUUAUCCAGGGAUAUAACAUCCGCCCAGGAUUGGACAAUGACACACACCGUCUUUGUGAGAGGCUCAUCAUGCCCGAACUGCAGUACACCAAGGCUUUGUACAUUAAACAGUUCCCUGAUCUUGCUGCUAAAAUCUUAGCGGGAAAAAAGCACACAGUCCCUGCCAAAAAUGUCAUAAACACGACGAGGAAAAGCACUAGAGCGACUAUUGCCAAGAAGCGCAGCUUGACCAUACAAAGGAGGACAGGUUCUGUUAGAAACGACAGCAACUCUCAAAUGGGCACAGAUGACAAGGAGCAAAAAGCUAAUAUCUUACGCUAGCUAAAGUUGAAGGUAAUGCUUAAAGAAAAAAGAUGCAACACAAAUGAGCCCCAACCUGACACAGUGGCUUAUACUAAAUGUGCCUUAGCCUAUGCUGCUGCACACGUUAGUGGCCUCUUAAGGUUGUGGAGAUGAUGUACAUUUGUUAAAGGUCUUAAAUACCGUGGUCAGAAUGUCAAAUGCUAUGUACACAAAAGUGAUCAGCUGUUGGUUCUUUUACUUUGAUUACCUGUGCUAGAUCCUCUUGGGUCUUAAAAUCAUGGCUAAUUUCUUAGCUGGGGGAAUAUUUGUCAAUUUUUCACGGUUUUUCAGAAAACUAAGCAUUCCAAGUUAAUCUAACAAUAUUAGUAUGUGGCCCUAAUUCUGUAUGCUAACAGUAUAUUAGUAUACAAAUAUAAGAAAUAGUCAUUUUUACUGUGCGGUUGUAAAUACAGGUGGAUGUCCAACGAAAGAUUUCUCAGACUGAAUAUCACAAUUAUAAAUGUUGAUUUUU